UCAACCAUAUAAUUCACCUUUAGUUUUAGAUAUUACAAAAUAGAGAUGUCAUGGAUUAGCCCCGAAUCAAAUUACAAGCAAAACCAAAAUAUGAAAAGAUCUAGCUGAACCAAAUAUGUUGUUAACUUUUACUAAUCCUUCCAAAAAAACUAAUCCAAAUUUUUACUAGUUUACAACCCAACCCAACCUAAUAAACAGUUCUGUUAUGGUUAUGGUUAGUGAAAACGGUUUAUCAUGAAGUCAAAGGCAUAACUAACAACACCAAACAUGUCUGUUUCUGUUUCUGUUACCGUUCCCUCUGUCGUGGGCCCCUUUCUUUCCCAAUCCCGCCGGCGGUUGCGGCGAUCGACGACUGCCCUCCGAUCCGAUACGGUGUCCGUUGGCCCAGCCAGAUUAUUGAGGAAACUAAAACAAGAGUGUGGCACUCCUCUGCCCCUUCUUCAGUAUGUGGCCGAUACCAUGUCCUCUGAAAUGCGGGCCGGGCUUGCCUCCUAUGAUGGGCCUGGGCUUCCCAUGACCCAUUAUGUCCACACUCUUCCUACUGGGAAUGAGAAAGGAUUGUUUUAUGCUUUAGACCUUGGUGGAACCAACUUUCGUGUGUUGAGAGUGCAAUUAGGUGGCAAACAUGAACGUGUCAUUGCCACUCAAUUUGACCAAGUUUCUAUACCUCAUGAUCUCAUGUUUUCUACAUCCGAGGAGCUGUUUGACUUCAUUGCUUUGGGGCUAGCAAAAUUUGCUUCCAAGGAGGAUGAUAGAUUUCAUUUCCCCCAAGGACAAGGAAGAAAGAGAGAGAUUGGGUUCACAUUUUCAUUUCCUGUGAAACAAACUUCUAUUGAUUCUGGCAUACUAAUUAAGUGGACCAAGGGUUUUGCUGUCUCUGGAACUGUAGGAAGAGAUGUGGUUGCUUGUUUAAAUGAGGCUAUGGAAAGGCAAGGAUUAGAUAUGCGAGUUUCGGCUCUGGUUAAUGAUACCGUUGGAACACUAGCUGGAGCGGAAUACUGGGACAAUGAUGUUAUGGUUGCUGUUAUUUUGGGUACUGGAACCAAUGCUUGCUAUGUUGAGCAGAUAAGUGCAAUUCCAAAAUUACAAGGCCACGUCUCGUCUUCUGGUAAAAUGAUCAUUAGUACUGAGUGGGGGUCUUUUUCAAAUGGUCUCCCUUUAACUGUUUUUGAUAGAGAAAUGGAUGCUGCUAGCAUCAAUCCUGGUCAACAGAUCUUUGAGAAGACAAUCUCAGGAAUGUAUCUAGGUGAAAUUGUGAGAAGAGUGCUAGUCAAUAUGGCUGAAGAGGGUGAUUUGUUUGGAAAAUCUGUCCCUCAAAAACUGUCUACGCCUUUCAUACUCGGGACCCCAGAUCUAAGUGCCAUGCAGCAGGAUAGUUCUGAUGAUUUACAAGCCGUUGGUACCCUCCUCUAUGAUAAAGCAGGGGUUGAAUCCAAUCUAUGUGAAAGAAAAACAGUUCUAGAAGUUUGUGACACAAUUGUAAAGCGAGGCGGAAGCUUAGCUGGUGCAGGAAUUGUUGGGAUUCUGCAAAAAAUGGAAGAGGAUUCAAAAGGUCUUAUCUUUGGAAAGAGAACUGUUGUUGCAAUUGAUGGGGGUUUGUAUGAAAAUUAUCCACAAUAUAGGACUUACUUGCAAGAUUCAGUCAAAGAGAUAUUAGGAACUGAAAAGUCAAACAAUGUGGUAAUAGAACAUUCAAAAGAUGGUUCUGGCAUUGGUGGUGCUUUAUUGGCAGCUUCAAAUUCCAUGUACAAGCAAGAUUGAACAUGUAGUUCAAGUAGUAUUUAAAUCUUGGAACCUUUUGAUGAGGCAUGGAGUAAGAUAUUUGAAAUGAAAAAAGAAUACAUGGCCCAAUUACAAUUAGUCGGAAAUGGAGAUCUCGAAAUCUUCUUGUUUUUAAAUCAAAAGAAUUUGAGUUGCAUACACAUCAAGAUUCUAUCGUGGUAGUGGCUGAAAGUUUAACUUCGCCGAUUCUUAAAAAAAUAUUUUGCUUCUUAAAAAAAUAAAAAUAGUUCUGACUUAUGAAUGUGUUUUUACUUAAAUUAAGUUAAUGGUUGUUGUUCACCUGUAAAAAGAUUCAUACACCAGAAUGGUAUUGAAACAAAUUAGAUGUUAUGCAUUAAUUUUA